CUUACCAUUGUCUGCCUUGUCAGUCGUCACGAGCAGAAUGUUUUGUAAGAAUUGGUUUGCAAUCGGAAAAUGAUAAUAUAAUCUACUAUCUAUAAUUUGUGUAGUUAAUAGAAAAUAAUAAAGAAUAACCUUCGAAAUGAACCGUCUAGUGUGGAUGAAUCGCUGUUAUGUCAAUACAUUUAAAAAUAAUCAUGUUAUAAAUUCACCGCUAUUUGCUCCUAAGAGACCAAUACAUCCUAAUAUAUUUAUUAUUCGAGGAGCUCAUGACCAGAAACACAAAAUCAGAUCAACUCUAAACUAUAUGAUAGCGGUUGGUGUUAUGACAGUAGGUUUAAGUUAUGCCGCCGUACCACUUUACAGGAUAUUUUGUCAGGCAUACAGUUAUGGUGGAACAACUGGCUUAGUCGAGCCCAACAAUAAUGUGAGCACUAUGACAGCAAUAAAAACCAGGCCAAUCAAGAUCAGGUUUAAUGCUGACACUGCAUCCUCUAUGCAGUGGAACUUCAAACCACAACAGCUUGACAUGACUGUAGUACCUGGCGAAACAGCUCUAGCAUUCUAUACAGCUUUGAACCCAACAAACAAGCCGGUCACUGGUAUUAGCACAUACAACGUGGUCCCCUUUGAGGCUGGCCAGUAUUUCAACAAGAUACAGUGUUUCUGUUUUGAGGAACAGCAACUGAACCCACAUGAGAAGGUGGACAUGCCAGUAUUCUUUUACAUUGACCCUGAGUUCAAUGAUGAUCCUAAGAUGGAGUUUGUGGAUGAAAUAGUUUUAUCCUAUACAUUCUUUGAGGCUAAAGAAGGCAUGAAGCUUCCAGUACCCACUUAUGUUAGGCAAUAAAUGUUUGAAUAAUGUUAUAGUCAUCAAAUCAAGCUACACUAACUUGCUUAACACACUUAUUGGGCUCUAAUGCGAUGAAGGUGGAUGAAGGAUUAUGUGAGGCUUUGUUCAAUACAAAUUCCAAUCACAUUUUAAAACUACAUAGAUUAAAAUGCAAGGUAGUGUAGAGCUUUGUACAGAGUCUUGUUAAGUUUUGUUAUUUAAAUAGAUGAGAGCUAGCAUCUCAAUGAUGUUAGUGUUAAUUUUUA